CUUUUCCUUUUCCUGAGGUAACUUCUUCCUCUUGGUUUGAAAAGGAGCUCUUUGUUUUCUCCCUCUACAAGAGACCAUAACUGCACUGGCUCUGAUCUGCAUGGGAACAUCCCAAGACAGCUGAGCUGUUGUGUGUGCAGGAUGAAGUGGUCAAACUUUGGGCAAGAUCAUUGCUCAGGAUUUGAUGCUACAGCAUUACAGUGUAAGGAAGGAAACCCCAUCCCCUCUGCUUCUGCAAGGCCUGGGUGGUGUCCAUGUGGCAGCAUUUCCCCAGAGCGUGAGGAGGCUGCUGUGUCGCUGUACCAGAGAGUGCUGAUCUCAGCAGGGACCUCUGUGCUGCGCUGUGCUGCGAUGUCGCAUCACACACUUCCCACUGGCUCCAGCGAGACUCAGCUCUUGGGAGUUUUACUUGCUGCUGCUUCAAAUUUUCUCAUCAGUGUCUCUUUGAAUAUACAGAAAUGCGCUCAUCUCCGACUGGUUUGCCAAGCAGAGCAGAAGCCCUACUACACAAGCAAGCUCUGGUGGUGUGGGAUUACCCUCCUGGGGCUUGGAGAGGUGGGCAAUUUCACAGCCUAUGGAUUCGCCCCCGUUACUCUUGUCGCUCCACUGGGAUGUGUUUCUGUUAUAGGUAGUGCAUUUAUUUCUGUCUUUUUCCUAAAGAAGACCAUGAGGACUGCUGAUAUAUUGGGAGGAGCACUGACAAUAACAGGGACAUACUUGUUGGUGACAUUCGCUCCAAUUGUACCUCAAGAGAUCACAGCAAGACAAGUGCAGAAUUACUUAGUGAGCUGGCCUUUUUUGGUAUAUUCAAUCUUAGAAAUUAUAAUAUUCUGCAUUCUCCUCUAUUUUUACAAAAGAAAGGCUGUGAAACACAUCGUGGUUUUGUUAAUGAUGGUAGCUCUACUGGCAUCACUGACUGUCAUUGCUGUUAAGGCUGUGUCCAGCAUGAUAGCACUUUCUGUGAAGGGGAAAAUGCAGCUAACUUACUCCGUUUUCUAUGUCAUGAGUAUUUUAAUGGCAACUUCUUGUGCUUUCCAAAUCAAGUUCUUGAAUCAAGCAAUGCAUCUGUAUGAAGCAACAGCAGUUGUCCCCAUUAAUUUUGUGCUCUCCACCUCCAGUGCCAUCAUUUCAGGGGUCAUAUUUUAUCGGGAAUUCCAAGGUGCAGCUUUACUGAGCGUGUUCAUGUUUCUGUUCGGGUGUCUCCUAUCUUCCCUUGGUGUGAUUAUAAUUGCAAGAAAUAAAACAGAGAAGCAUUUACAAAUUCCUUUUAUUGACUGUGGACAUAUUCCUGGACAAAAACUGACAGGCAAAAUACAACCAGGUUCUCACAGUUCAUGCUAUGGCACACUGAAUAAGGAAGAUGACUCAGUGAGAAGGCAAAGCUGAAAGAAGAAAGUACUUUACGUGCCAAUCAACAAGAGGAACACCACUGGAACAAGGAUCAGUAGCACCUUUUUAUUGAGCAUGUUCAAGUAUACAUUGAACUUCUUUAUGUUGAUGAGUCAUAGUAUUAUUUAAUCCUAAUUCAUUUAUCCCAUGAUUGUACCAAAUGUGAUCUAAAGAUAAAGGAAGCCUUAACAUAAACCAAAUAACCAUUAAUAAAAUGAAAUAGUCUCCUAGUAUCAAUGCCUCUUGAGGACAUUUUUAGAGUUUUAAUUGCUUUUAAAUGCAAUGAGCACAGAACAGGAUUAUAAAAAUUCCCCUUUGGAACUCCUUAGGUCUGUGUCAAUGUUUAAAGACAAAGGCGAGAAAUUAGAAUUUUCUAAGUGAUUUCAAAGUAUUCUGCUAUACAUAUAAUCCCUUUUUAAACCUCCUCCAUCCUGUUCAAGAGUCAAAACUGUAUGCAUAUAUGCAGUAGACACAAACAGGUACACAAAAAGAAUUUUGUUUUGUGUGUAGAAGAGCAAUCCUGAUUAUCUCCUACCAUCAGAUUAAUUCUCUUAUCUUCCAAGGAAAUCAGUCCUUGUGUGAGGGGUGGGAAGAUAGUAUUUGCCAUAAACACAGGCACGUGGGCACACGCACGCAUUUGAGGUGCCCAGCCAAGGCAGGACUAGAGUACUAUACCUGACAUUUUACAUCCUUCCAGAGGAGUCCUGUGCGCUGGGCUGGACUGGGCUGGGCUCUGUAAUCUGUUAACAGAGUCUGGUCUGAGUUUUCGCUUCUGUUUUCAGCAAAAUAAGAAAAUGCAUGUUUCUUCAGAGGCAGUGGGGUAGCCAGGGUCCCUCUCUUGGUAUGUCUUGGGAAAAUACCCCUAAAAAGGUUGGGCAACUCCUGUUACCACUGGUAAUGAGGAUGAGGAAAGGCUGUAAAGAACAGGACCGCGAAGAGUCACAGUAACUGUACAAUUUCCCCUUCAUUAAAUGGUUGUCUCCACAGUGAUUUGAAGAGCCAGCAGCGAUGGGAACAAUGACAGUACAGGCUUUGUGUUCACAUUUGGUGUCUCUCCACCCCAGUGUCCCAUCAAAAAAGUUUCUUCUAGGCAUUCAUCAUGGAUGUACUUGUCUCUGCGUGGUAGUAUUGAUCCACCUCAGGCAGCACAGUGGGGAUUGGUCACAUCCCCUGCAUAAACAAAAGAAAAUGCUCUUGAAAAAUGUUCAUGUCUUGUUUUAGGAUUGAAUUAAUCUUCAGAAAUGGGUAGGGGCAGUAAUGGGUAGGGGCCAUAGACUGUAUUUUUUUCAGGUCUAUUUUUUUCUCAAAUAGUUGUUUAUGUAAUUUUAAGAUAGCUACGGCUGAAGAUCCAUAAGACAGUUUCAUUUCAAACGCUGCUAAGCACACACAGAACUGCAUUUUGCAGUAUUUUGUGUGCAGCAAUGUCCCAGGAACUAUGGCAGUUGGGGACUUGUGAAGAUGUUUUUCAAUGUGGGUCUUUUCCAGCUGACACAGGACAAGGCUCUGUGUCUGCGCCUUAUUUGUACCAACUGUUUGGCUUUGUCUUCCUUUCCUGCCUAACAUCUCGAGUUCAAGUUUCUAAAGAUUAAAAUUUUUUUAAAAGCAUGUGACUUUUACAGACUUUCUCCAGGGAGUAAAGACAUGCCUGUCUUUCUUUUGCAAGUCAAAUUUAAGCUGCUCUCUAAGUCUCAAGUGAGGGUAUGUGCUAAAGAUGGAAAUAAGAGGCCUACAGGUUUUCAUUCUGUGACCUGAGAAAUGAAUGGUGAAAUGGGUAAAAGGAUUUUGUAUUGUUGGUUUUUUUAAAUGAUUGGCCUUGGGCAUCUUUCUGAAAUCUGUUUCCAUGGCUCUGGAGUGCUGCAGGAGGUAAUAAAGAUUAUCAGGUGUAGGAUUUUCUCUUUAAAGCAAGAAAUCAAAUGUAAAAAUCUGUGGCAAAAGUUAUUUAUUUUAAAUUACUGUAUUUCUUCUUAAUUUUUUUUUCUUUCCUGUCCAUUUAUUUAAAAAAUACAAGGGUUAAAAUGUUUUAUAUUAACUCUAUUAUUGUAUAUCAAAAUAAUUUGUGGACCAAAACACUGGUAGAAAUUAUGUGCAAUUAAAAGUUCUGAUUUGACAUGAUCUUUGAGAUGUUAAUAUAUUCCAACUAAUUGAUGUAUUAGAGGAUUGGAAAAACUCAGUUAUGAGAAUUCAUUACUGUUCUGCCA